AUGUCCUUUGGAUUCUCAGUUGGUGAUUUCAUCGCAGUCGGAAAACUGAUUGGCGACAUCACCAGCUCAUUGCAGAGCGUGGGCGGAGCGAAAUCUGAGUACCAGGAGCUGAUUCGAGAAUUCCAGUUCUUGGACGCAGCCUUGAGACACCUUGACCGACUCGAAAGCAACGCAGCGAAUGCAAACACAUUGGUGUCUAUCAAAUACGCAGCGUUGAGCUGUCGGCACCCGCUCGAAGAGUUCCUGAAGAAGAUCAGGAAGUACGAGAAAUCACUUGGUCCCUGGAGUCAUUCAAGUACGAUAAAGACGGCAACAAGUCAACUGAGGUGGACAUUCGGGCACAACGAUGACGUAAAGAGGCUACAGACUUACCUCAGUGUGCACAUGGGCACUAUCAACAUACUACUUGCGGAGUACGGCCUUGAGAGAAUGCAGGUAUAUGACGAGAAGGCAGAAUCAACCGCGCAACAGGUCCGGAUUCAAGCAAACAACGCUCAUGCUCUGCUUGAGAACCUGAGAAGGGACUUGCCCGGGCAAGAACUUUUGCUACGUCGUGUGCACUCUAUGCUUGAUGACCUUUACCACUUGGUAUGUGGCGAAAUGAGGACUUCCCUGCAGCACUUUGCGCAGUCAGUCAAGAAAGUCUGUGUCUCUACUCAGCAAAUCUACACAGUUGUCCUUGAAAUUCGCAACUCCCUCACGGUUGUGGACACGCGAUGGACCCACUUUCAAGCACCUUUCACUGUCGAAGAUGCAUUAGGUUUUAAGUUCCCUGUUCCAUCCGAGUACGACUUCGCAUUGCUCGAUAGCAUCAUCCAAAUACGGUUCAAGCGAGGUGCAGGCUCAAAAGAGGUCAAGUCUGGUAAGUACGAGCUGUGUAAGUCGAAGAAGAGAUCGGAGACUGUUACGGCUACAUCUCGAUUGGUGCCCGGCACUGCAAUCACCAUGGCCAUCAUUGUCGACACGGCGAUGGUCAAUGAAAGCACGUGCCCCAUGCCUCACUGCAGAUCCAGACAAGCCUCCGCUUGCCCCGGCGGAGGAUUCAUCUGGUACGUCUCAACUUGGUCCCGAUAG